AGUAUAAUAUAUACUUAACAUAUGUUGUCAAAUGUUAAUAAAAGAUACAAAACUAAGAAGAAUUAAUUAUUAUUAAUUUUGAUCAAAGUCCUCCUUUUCUUAUGAUGAAUUUGUUAGCAGCAGCUGUAUUGGUAUCAGUGAUCUCUAUUGCUAAUGCAUUCAGCAGGAAUGAUUUCCCUCCUCACUUCUUGUUUGGUGCUUCAACUUCAGCUUAUCAGGUUGAAGGUGCAGCAAAUGAAGAUGGAAGGAAGCCAAGCAUAUGGGACACCUUUGCACAUUCUGGCAAUGGAGGGCUAUACAAGGGAGAUGGUGACAUUGCAUGUGAUCAAUAUCACAAAUAUAAGGAUGAUGUCCAACUCAUGUCUAAAAUGGGUUUAGAUGCCUACAGAUUUUCUAUAUCAUGGUCAAGACUUAUUCCAGAUGGGAGAGGGCCAAUAAAUCCUAAGGGAUUGGAAUAUUACAACAACCUCAUCAAUGAACUAACAAGCCAAGGAAUUCAACCACAUGUUACAUUGUAUCAUUGGGAUCUACCACAAGCACUUGAAGAUGAAUAUGGAGGAUGGGUUAGUAGAAGAAUUAUAAAAGACUUCACAGCAUAUGCAGAUAUAUGCUUCAGAGAGUUUGGAGAUAGAGUUAAACACUGGACCACAGUGAAUGAAGGGAAUGUGGUUUCAAUUGGGGGCUAUGAUGCAGGAUUUUUACCACCACAAAGGUGUUCUCCUUCGUCUAUAUUUAACUGCUCCAAAGGAAAUUCUUCAACUGAGCCAUAUUUGGUAACUCAUCAUAUGUUGUUAGCACAUGCAUCAGCUGCAAGACUGUAUAGAAUUAAGUACAAGGCCAAGCAACAGGGAUUUAUUGGGUUUAAUCUCCUUUUUUUUGGUUUUGUUCCACUAACAAAUACUAGUGAAGACAUAAUUGCUACUCAAAGAGCCCAAGACUUCUAUACUGGGUGGUUUAUGAAUCCCUUCAUUUUUGGAGAAUAUCCUGACAUCAUGAAAAAGAAUGUUGGCUCGAGGCUUCCUUUCUUCACCAGUAGGGAAUCAAAUUUGGUUAAGGGCUCCAUUGACUUCCUUGGAAUCAAUUUUUACUACGCAUUUUAUAUUAAGAACAACGCGAAAAGCUUGCAAAAAAAGAAUAGAGAUUACACAGCAGAUACGGCUGUGGAAUUUAAACCCUUCCCUGGAAAUGGUACAUCUACAGAUGAGAUUCCAGUUAUACCCUGGAUUUUGCAAGAGCUGCUUCAUUCAUUGAAGAAUAAUUAUGGCAAUUUUCCAAUUUACAUUCAUGAAACUGGUCAACAAACACGUAGAAAUUCAUCCUUAGAUGACUGGCCAAGGGUGAAAUAUAUGAAUGAAUACAUAGGGAGCCUGCUUGAUAUGCUAAGGAAUGGACUGAAUAUAAGAGGUUAUUUUGUAUGGUCCUUUUUGGAUGUGUUUGAGUUACUAGGUGGAUAUAAAGCAAGUUUUGGCUUAUAUUACAUAGAUUUGGAAGAUCCAACCUUGAGGAGACAACCUAAACUUUCUUCUGUUUGGUACUCAAAUUUUCUAAACAACAGAACUAUGGACUCAAAGAUCACCUUGAAAAUUGAGGAUAAUUCAUCUGCAGUCUCCAACACUCCCUUAAUGCAUGCUUCCACUUAAAGUAAUUAGAACAGGUUAAAAUAAAUGUUUACUUUCUAGUUUCCUCAAUCUUUUUUCCUUGGUCAUAUUUUGCUUCUUUGUGUGACCAUGUGAGAGAAAGUAGCAUGAAUUAUGGUGUUUAAACAUAUGAAAAUGAUCAGAAUUUUAAUAGAAAUGAGAUUCACAUAUUUCCUAUUAUUACAUUAGGACUAUGCAUAAAAAUAUGUCUAUAUAUUAUAUUCCUGAUAAUGUUUUACAUGAAGUUAUGUCUGAUA